UGCUCGCCGCCUCUGCACCCCGGACACGCACGCCGGCCAGGCCGCCGCCGACCGGACCCACGCAGGCCGCGGCGGGCGGGGCGGGCGGGUGCGGAGGGGCGGCAGCCGGCGGCGAGCCCGGGCCGCCAUGGGCUCUGCGGGCAGCCAGCGCCUCAAGGAGCCGGGCACGGCGGGCAGGAGCGUGGUGACGGGCUUCAGCUUCGAGGGCUGCCGGCUGGAGGAGGAGGCGGCCAGGGGCACCCCGGUUUUCACGGACUCUGAGGGGCGGGCGCCGGACGACCGCUACCACGCCGUCUACUUCGCCAUGCUGCUGGCGGGCGUGGGCUUCCUGCUGCCCUACAACAGCUUCAUCACCGACGUGGACUACCUGCACCACAAGUUCCCAGGGACCUCCAUCGUGUUCGACAUGAGCCUCACCUACAUCCUGGUGGCGCUGGUGGCCGUGCUGCUCAACAACGCGCUGGUGGAGCGGCUGAGCCUGCACACGAGGAUCACGGCGGGCUACCUCCUGGCCCUGGGCCCCCUCCUCUUCAUCAGCGUCUGCGACGUGUGGCUGCAGCUUUUCCCCCGGCGCCAGGCCUACGCCAUCAACCUGGCCGCCGUGGGCACCGUGGCCUUCGGCUGCACAGUGCAGCAAUCCAGCUUCUACGGGUACACGGGAAUGCUGCCCAAGCGGUACACCCAGGGCGUGAUGACCGGAGAGAGCACGGCGGGCGUCAUGGUGUCCCUGAGCCGCAUCGUCACCAAGCUGCUGCUGCGGGGCGAGCGGGCCAGCACGCUCACCUUCUUCCUGGUCUCCGCCGGCCUGGAGCUGCUCUGCUUCCUGCUGCACCUGCUGGUGCGGGGCAGCCGCUUCGUGCGCCACCACACGGCGCGGCCCCGGGGCGGCCGCGCGCACCACGUGGCCGCCGGCGACAUCUGCCUCGAGAACCCGGGCCCGGCCGGCGGGUCCCCGGACAGCCCGGCCCACGAGGCGCCCGGCGGUGAGCGCGGAGCCUACACGCGGUUCGACGUGCCGCGGGCGCGAGCCGAGCGGAGCUGGCCCUCCGUCCGCGCCCUGCUGCUGCACCGGUACGCGGUGGCCCGCGCCAUCUGGGCGGACAUGCUGUCCAUCGCCGUCACCUACUUCAUCACCCUGUGCCUGUUCCCCGGCCUGGAGUCCGAGAUGCGGCACUGCACGCUGGGCGAGUGGCUGCCCAUCCUCGUCAUGGCCGUGUUCAACCUCGCCGACUUCGUGGGCAAGAUCCUGGCGGCGCUGCCGGUGGACUGGCGGGGCACGCACCUGCUGGCCUGCGCCUGCCUGCGCGUGGUCUUCAUCCCGCUGUUCAUCCUGUGCGUGUACCCCAGCGGCGCGCCCGCCCUGCGCCACCCCGCCUGGCCCUGCGUGCUCUCCCUGCUCAUGGGCAUCAGCAACGGCUACUUCGGCAGCGUGCCCAUGAUCCUGGCCGCCGGCAAGGUGGGGCCGCGGCAGCGGGAGCUGGCAGGGAACACCAUGACCGUGUCCUACAUGACGGGGCUGACGCUGGGCUCGGCCGUGGCCUACUGCACCUACAGCCUCACCCGGGGCGCCCGCCAGAGCUGCCUGGAGCCCCCCACCGCCAACGCCUCCCUCCCCGCCAGCCUCUGAGCCGGGCGCCGCCCGCCCACUGCCGCCUGCCGCCUGCGGGCCGGCUCCUCCUGUGCCAAGACCGCCACCUCCCGGGCCGCCCACCCGGCCCGCGGCCCCGGUCCCCCAGGCCUCAGCCUCCACGCCACGGACUGGACCCGCCCACACGGCCCCGCGCCUCCCGCCCUCGCUGCGUCCAGUCUGGUCCCAGCCGGCCCGCUGGGCGGGCGGUCACCAGCCAUGUCCCUCCUGCAGCCCCGCCCCCAGGUCGGCUCUGAGGGCCCCUCUGUCACCCAGUCACAGCGUCACCCCCCCAAGCCAGCCCUCCACGUGGGCCCCCACCUAGCCUUAGCCCUGGCUUUCCCGAACCCGGGUCUGAGUGCAGGCCUGGGCCCCUGGGCCCCUCCCUCACCUGAUGCCACAGCCUGGGGUCCGCCCGCCCAGGACCUGCCCCUCCGGCUGGUGGGCCCCCGGGCUGAAGUCCACGCCAGCCCUAAGCCUGACCCCCACCCGGCAAAGCCCAGGAGGGCCGAGUCCCCCAGCCGGACCCUCCGGUUGGCUCAGGACGAGUUGAGGGGGCUCCGGGGUGCUGUCCGCCCUCCACACCCACACCAUGUGGCGAAGCCCCUGCUGAGUCCCCCCACCCCCGUCUGUCACUCCGUACCGCACCGGCCAUUAAACGAU